UUCCUGCGGGCAGUGGAGCAACAGGUAUUCUAAAUCAGUGGGGGUGUGAGAAUCAAUUGCGCAUUAAUUAUUUGACAUCUUUUAUGAGGAUUUUUCUGCUGGGAUGAAGAUUUGAAGAUUUUCUUUGGCUUCUUUUAGGAAUUUUAGGAAAUCCGUACCUGGAAACCUUUUAUUCUUUUCUUGAGGGUGGAAAAAUAUUUAUUUUUGUCUGAAAGAAGAAACUUUAACUGGGAGUGAUACUGAACAAAGGUAAGUCCAAAGAUCCUUUACAAGAAAGAUUUGGAGGUGGAAAGAUUGAUUUCUGCAGCAAUUGUGUCGGGGAAAACUCAAUGCAACUUGAUGCAAAAUAUCUUCAUCAAAGUCUUCAAAUAAUCCUGUGCCUGCAGUAGCAUCCUACCCACAUUCCAAGUCUUCCAAUGUCUAAACGUCGCCCUUUCAGCAUGAUCUUCUUCCACAGGCGGAAGUCACUGAUCGUCAAACUGAUCCUCGUGGUCCCGAUCACUUGGAUCAUUGUCACAACUCUGCUGAGCUUCACCGAGAAACUGGGCCUAGAGAAGGAAGUGGACGAGGUAGUGGUAGACGUGCCCAAUCUAGUCAUUGAACAAAACGCUGUCACGGUCAGCGGGGACAAAUACGAAGGCAGGAAGCCGAGGCAGUCCAUGGAGGAACCGCCAAGACUCUCCAUCCUGCCACAGAUUGUUAUUCAGACGAAGCCAGAGGUAGAAUUUAACUUGGGAUUGAUGCAUGAGAUUCAUGCAGAUGAUAGACCCGAUUUGGCGCAGUUGGCACCGCCAAGAGAACCCGAAGGACCUGGUGAAGGUGGUAAGCCCGUCGUGCUGGGGAAUCUGACAGAAGAACAGCAGGCACUCGUUAAAGAAGGCUGGGAAAGAAAUGCUUUUAAUCAGUAUGUUAGUGACAUCAUAUCAUUGCACAGAUAUCUUCCCGAUGUCAGACCCAGAGGCGUUGCUGAAGGAUGCCAGGAGGAAAAGUACGACGACGACCUGCCCCCCACCAGUGUAAUCAUCUGCUUCCACAAUGAGGCGUGGAGUGUGCUCCUGAGGACAGUCCACAGCGUCCUCGAUCGAUCCCCUCCCCACCUCAUCGAAGAGGUCAUCCUCGUCGACGACUUCUCGGAUCUGCCCCACUUGGGUCGUCCCUUGGAAGACUACUUCCUACACCAGCCGAAAGUAAAGAUUAUCCGCGCCAGGCGGCGGGAAGGUCUCAUCCGAGCACGUCUGAUGGGUGCAGCAGUUGCCAAAGCUCCCAUCCUAACAUACCUCGACUCUCACUGUGAAUGUGCCCUAGGCUGGCUAGAGCCUCUGCUUCAACGCAUAGCCAACAACUGGACGACGGUCGUGUGUCCAGUUAUUGACGUGAUCGACGACGAAACGUUCGAAUACCACUUCCGUGAGUCCGGUGAGGUCAACGUCGGGGGCUUCGACUGGAACCUGCAGUUCAGUUGGCACGCGAUGCCGGAGAGGGAACACAAAAGAAGAAACCACACGUGGGACCCUGUCUGGUCUCCCACUAUGGCUGGAGGACUGUUCUCCAUCAACAAGAAGUUCUUUGAAAGGCUCGGAACAUACGACAGCGGAUUCGAUAUUUGGGGCGGCGAGAACUUGGAACUUUCUUUCAAAACUUGGAUGUGCGGUGGUUCUUUGGAAAUCAUUCCCUGCUCUCACGUGGGACACAUUUUCAGGAAAAGAAGUCCUUACAAAUGGAAGUCUGGGGUCAACGUUUUGAGGAAGAAUUCGGUGCGCUUGGCAGAAGUGUGGCUUGAUGAAUACAAAAAGUAUUACUACGACAGAAUAGGAAAUGAUCUGGGCGAAUUUGGCGACGUAACUUCUAGAAAAGAGUUGAGGAAAAGACUCCAAUGCAAAUCAUUUGAUUGGUAUUUGAAAAACGUUUAUCCGGAACUAUAUAUACCUGGUGAGGCACUGGGUCAGGGUGAGAUACGAAAUCUUGGCGACGGUGGGGACACCUGUCUAGACAGUGCUGCUAAAAGAGACGAUUUCCAUAAACCAGUUGGUCUGUGGCCUUGCCAUAGUCAAGGUGGCAAUCAAUACUGGAUGUUCAGUAAAGAAGGCGAAAUCAAACGAGAUGAAGCCUGCCUGGAUUACUCUGGUGGAGACGUUAUCCUUUACCCAUGCCACGGAGCCGGUGGAAAUCAGCAGUGGAUUUACGAUCCAAAUCUUCACACAAUACAGCAGGCAAGCAGCAGGAAAUGUAUGGAGCUCUCACCGGACAAACAAUCCGUGCUCAUGAAUCCAUGCAGCGGCAGCCCCCGACAGAAAUGGCUCGUUCAAAACUAUGACCCAACAAAACUGGAGAAAUUAGCUUCUUAGUAGAUGCUCGAUAUAUCGAUUUCUCAUGAUUCAUCAUCACAAUCGUCAUCGAAUCUCAUCUUCACGAUCGAGGAGCUGAAAUCAUUUAUACUGAAAUUGAGAAAACGGACUAACUGCCAAAGAUUUUUUGCAAUGAGAAAAUGAUUGCAAAUUUAUUGUUCCUGACAAAGUUCGAUCUUGUGUAGAAGCAAGACGUCCUCCACAUGUGUGUCCCUUCUUUUUUCAAUAAGAACCGAUUGCAAGAUUCCCUGAAUUAUUGUUAUUAGUUUUAAUUUUCUUACACCGAAAAAUGGUCCCGAUUGCAAGCUGUUUCCUCCAAUGCUUCACAAUCAAAUAAAUCUUCGUAACAAAACAGAAACGCGAGUAAAUUAUGAAAUAGUAAAAUUAUAUACCAUAUGAUUAAAUGUAUUCUCAGAAUGAAGUGCCUUACAGAGAUUGAUAAAAAAAAAGAAAACCUUCGAUAGAUUUAAAUUAAUUUUUAAAAUAUAUUGUUUUCUGUACAGAUUAUAUAACUUCCAAACAUUCCUGAUAUUAGUUGUUAAGCAUUCAAUUCAUUUAUUAUAUAGAAAUCGAAAAUAGAAUUAAUCGGCAGCAAAUAUUAGAAUUUGGAAUUCCAAAUUUUACUUCUAUUCUCACAUUAUUAGGAAUUGGAUUUUUUUUAAAAUUUUGAAUAAAAAUGAAUAGCAUCGUUUUUUGUUUUUUUUUUCCUUGAAAUUUUUAAAGCUUCGGAACAGAAUAGACGAAAUAUUUCAAAAAACGAAUAGUUUUCAAUUGCAUUGAGUUUUGAAAUUCUAUACUUUUACAAAAUUGAAUUGUUAUCUAGUCAUUUAGUUGUAUUAUUUUCUGAAAUAUUGAAAAUAUAUAGGCCAACCCCAUCUAAUGUCUUUUUCCAUUGACUUUUUUUAACACAAUCAAUAAGCCUUCUUGCUAAAAAAAAAUGAAGAAUGUUUAUAUUUGAAUAAGAAAAAGAAGUAUCGACCCAUUUAAAAUAGAAUUGUUAAUGCCACAAUCUAUAACCUUGAUUAAUUAAUUGUGCAUAGUUUUUAUAGGUUUGCCUAAAAUAUUUAAAAUAAAUGAAUUAUGAAUAUUUAUUUUAAUUAUUCAAUGAAACUUUAUAAGUAAAACAUAUUUCUAUUAUUUGGAUAUGCUUUAUAUGUAAUUUUUUCUACUUUAUGUUUAAAUUUUGGAAGAUUCUUUAUAUGCACCGAAAUAUUGUUAUAUCCGUUCUCAAAUAUCUGUAGAAUAUUACUUUCAGAAUAUUUUAAAAUUAUACAACUAUUUGAAUUCCAUUUACUGAAUUUAAUACUAUUUGCUUUCUUACAACUCAGAUAAUGAUUGGUUUUAUGGUUUGCAUUUUUCAAUACUUAUAUUCAUUUCCAUUGUUAAGCAUAUAUGUAACUCCAACUUCAUAAAUAUUUUUUUCAAAAUAUAAUUUUUUUUUUCUAAAAUAUAUGCUUCUAAAAAUACUCGUUAUUUAUUUU